AUGCCGUGGCCAUGCAGCCCAGCCGCAGCCCCGCGGGCGCACGAGCAGAAGCCGGUGGACGGAGCCGCAGCCCCGUUGGGCGCCUACGACCUCAGAUCGUGGCGCCGCCUCUUCCUCACACGCCUCGACGUGCCAGGUGAAUCUACAUUCCCCGACGAUGUCGCCGCCGACGAGGACGGCAACGCCUACGUAACCGACGCCAAGGGAAGCAAGAUCUGGAAGGUCAGCCCGGACGGCGUGCUGCUCGGCGUCAUCAAGAACGCCACGUUCAUGCAGCGACCGGGGCUGCGGCACAACUUGGUCGGCCUCAACGGCAUCAUAUACCACCCUAACGGCUACCUUCUCGUCGUCCACACCUCCGGCGGCGACCUUUUCAAGGUCGCCCCGAAGACAGAGAGCGUGCGCGUCGUCAAGGUGCAGGGGUCGCUGAGGCAAGGGGACGGACUUGAGCUGCUCUCCCCGACGCGGCUGGUUGACGCCGGCAUGCCGAAUUGGCUGGUGGAGAGCUCCGACGACUGGGAGACCGCGAGCGUCACCGCGCAGUACGUGGGGCCCAUCCACCGGGUCGGGUCGUCGACCACGGUAAAGGACGGGGACGUGUACAUCAACCACAUUCUCGGGUUCGGGCUCGGCAAGAAGAAGACGCACGUCCUUGCGAGGGCGGUGUUCUCGCCGUUGGCCGCAGCGAGUUGA